GAAUUGGCCGGAAGUGUCCUGAGCGGACACAGCUGCUUGUUGUGGUGGGAAGCGGCUAGUCUCGUUAGCUCCGUUAGCUGUGUUUUUGUAGGAGAGUGUACCGUGGUUCUGCUCUUUGGUGUUGCGGGUCAUGGCCUACCAGCUGUACAGGAACACCACGCUGGGAAACAGCCUGCAAGAGAGUCUGGACGAGCUCAUCCAGACCCAGCAGAUCACUCCUCAGUUGGCGCUUCAGGUCCUGCUUCAGUUUGACAAAGCCAUCAACACGGCUCUCGCCAACCGGGUCCGCAACAGAGUCAACUUCAGGGGCUCUCUGAACACCUACCGGUUCUGUGACAACGUGUGGACGUUCGUCUUAAAUGAUGUAGAGUUCAGAGAAGUGACCGACCUAGUGAAGGUCGACAAGGUCAAGAUAGUGGCCUGUGACGGAAAGAGUGAGUCGACCCAGAACAAAACGGAUAAAUGACUCUGGUUCCAAUGCUGCAGCGAUGGCUCUUCAGGAGUUGGGGUCAGUUGGAGCCACCAAUGGACCUGGACUGUACAUAUAAUUUAUUACAGCAGAGUCACGGCUGAGUGUGUGUGUGUGUGUGUGUGUGUGUGUGUGUGUGUGUGUGUGUGUGUGUGUGUGUGUGUGUGUGUGUGUGUGUGUGUGUGUCACAGUGGAUAGUUCACUGUAAGUUUUUUUUAUCAGUUUUCAAGAGUUUGUUUUCAGUUUGUUGAGCCGGAUCAUCUUUAAUAAAAACUUUAUUGAAAACA